AUGGGUAUGGUCAAAAAGUUGGACAAAUGGGUGCCUCACAAUUUGACUGAUCUGCAAAAAGCCAAGAGACGGUGUGCUUCCGAAAAGCUUCUGCAACGCUGCAAAAACGAAGAAUUCUUGGAUCGAAUUGUAACUAUUGAGGAGAAGUGGAUCUCGUUUAACAAUACUAGAAGAUCUACAAGUUGGUGUAAGCGUGGAGAAGCUCCUAAGCCCGUUCCGAAGCCAGAAUUGCACGAAAAGAAGCUUAUGGUGACUGUCUGGUGGUGUAGCUCUGGAGUGAUCCAGUACGAUUUCAUGAAACCUGGCCAAAGUAUUACGGCCGACACCUACUGUGCCCAGAUUGACAAACUGCGACACAAUCUUCCAACAAUGGUCAGAAGGAGGGGUCCGAUCAUUCUGCAGGAUAACGCACGGCCCCAUGCUGCAAAGAAGACCGUGGCAAAAUUCAGGGAACUGGGAUACGAAGUCUUGGAGCACUCUCCUUAUUCUCCAGACUUGGCUCCAAGGACUUUCACCUUUUUAAACACUUGUCUUCAUUUCUUAAUGGAAGAAUCUUCAAAACUCCGGACGAUGCCAAGAAUGCCUUCAAGAACUUCAUCAACUCCAGAAACCCGGAAUUCUACAAUCGUGGAAUAA